CCACACUUUGAACCGCUGUGACAGAUCAGCAAGUGAGAGGCGGUCUGAGCUGGCACUACAGGGGCCGAGGUAAGGGAAAUUUAACCGUCGUUCACACAGGCAGAGCUUCCAGCUUCUGAGAUCGCCAAAACUAGGCCCCUUGUACAGACCUCGGUCUGAAUUGUAUGACUAACUCUACUCUCGCUCUCUUGCAGUGUAAACUUGUACCGCACGCCUCGCCAUCUGUCAGGGAAACCCGAUUCUCUGCCCGUGACCGGAUCGGCUACCUGCAAUCGAAAUCGGAGACGUGGCCUUCUGUGCACGAUUCCGAGGAUAAUUGUGGGCUAGAAGGAGGAGCAAGUUUUGUAAAGCUCAGGAAAGUCCUCCCCAUCACUAUACAAUGGCAGAUGCCAAGGAAUCGGGGGGAAGGUUUAACUCGAAGCAGUUGGGUCUGCGAAUCCAGAAAAAGGUCAUCGGGAAAGUCACCAACAAAACGAUCGUGAAAUCUUUCAUCGACGACAACCUAGCCUCUCUGCUGGACACGCUGCACUUGAUUUUGAAACUCGAGCUUGCGGACCACAAAAAAGCCGACAAAGUCAUCAAAAAUCUCAUCAAAAUCACCGUCAAAAUCGGUCUCCUGUACAAGAACAGCCAGUUCAACGGCGAAGAACUGGCGCUGGGGGUCAAAAUACGGACCAAAUUCCGACAUGCCGCGCUGACUGUAAUAAGCUUCUCGCAGGUCGACUUCAGCUACGACCGUCCGUUUCUCGUCAAGUUGGUGGCCGACAUCGGAGAGAUGCUUCACAGACUGGUCGAGCGACACCUCACCACAAAGUCCCACCAACGAAUCGACUCUGUAAUUUCGGCUCUCGGGAAAGCGGAGACUUUGGACAAGGUUUUUUUGCCCGACGGAGAGUACCACGCUCACUUAGAGACCAUAUCGAAAGUCUUCGACAAGGUUGUGGACGCGGAAUGGUAGCGCCGGUUGCUAGCGGAAGAACACGACACAGUCUAUAUUAUGCUUUCUCAUGAUUAUGAAUUCGCCAUUUCUAUAAUAGUUUUUUUGCACGGCUAAAUGUCACAAUGGUGUGUAUGUAUGUAUGUGUAAGUGGGCAUGAGAUUUAUUAAUUUUGUAUCGUGUGUGGCUGACAUCAGUAUUAUAUUCUUUUAUUAACUUCACCCAAUUGUUUUUCGUGGUCAACUUUAAUUUUUAUACCCUGCAAUUAAAUUGAAAUUGAAAGUAAUUUUUUAUGCAAUAGCAGAAGACGCGGCUGCAAAAUG